UUCCGUGUUCCGUUCUGAAUUGGGACUCUCCCUCGCUGCUCUUGGGUCCAGAGGAGCCUCCUUCCUUGCUUAGCCCUGGGGAUGGCCUGGGACUGGCACUUGCUCCUCUACCUGGCGCUCUUCUUCCUGCUGCUGCUGCUGCUCUGCCUCCUCCUCUUCGGGGUCCUCAAGCAGCUCAAGAACUCCGUCGCCAGCAGCGCUGCAGGGGCUCUCCAGCCCUCCUCCCUCCGGGAGCCCUCCUGGGGCUUCGGCAGGGAGCAAGCCCUCUGAGCAGGAGAAGAAGGGCCUCUCCGCCCAGGAAGGACCCCAGCCCCAGGACUCCCCCCACCAGCCCCUG